CAGCAGCAGAGUCCAAGAUGUUGGUCAAGUGUUUGGCGUUGUUCGCGUUAUUAGCGUGUGUGGCUGCAGACCAAGGUUCCUUGACCAGAGAGGCGAGAUGUGGCGAACCUGUGGUGGACGUAAAUAUUAACAAGAUCGUCGAUGGCGAGGCAUCCAAACCAGACCAAUGGCCCUGGAUGGGUGCUUUGGGAUACCGGAACCCGCAGGGUGUGGACGAACCUUUCUUCAAGUGCGCAGGUGCCCUGAUCUCCACGAGACACGUUCUCACAUCUGCUUACUGUGCGACAAUGGAACCUGACCUGUACCUGGUUCGAUUCAGUACCUUGAGCCCGACGAACACUUCCCACGUUGAUAUCCUAAUCGACCAAGCGAUCGUGCACGGCGAAUACAACGAAAAAACGAAAGCACACGACGUCGCCAUUCUCAAGCUGCAAAAGGAUGCCAUUCCUAGCAAUUCCCUCCUCCCCAUCUGUCUCCCAUUGGACCCACCUCUCUCGAACGAUAACUACCACGGAAAAUUGGUUACCGUUGCUGGAUGGGGAAUGACCUCCACAGGUGGACCACAGAGCGACGUUCUCAAACACGCUACCAUUCCCAUCGUUCCCAUACCAAGCUGCAGAGACUCUUACAGCGGACUGCCAAACCUGGUGAUCAACGACCGCACCGUAUGCGCUGGAAAUAAAGAUGGAGGAAACAACGCUUGCGACCGCGACAACGGUGCACCUCUGAUGUUGAAAGCAGACGGCAAGUUCUACGCGAUUGGUAUCUUCUCGUACAGCUACAAAUGCGCUCAACCUGGCUACCCUGCUCUCUUCACGAGAACCGCCGCCGAAAAAGAAUUCAUCAUCAGAGCAAUGAAGCAGUAAUCGGAAGAUACCGAUCGACGAACAUCUCGAAAUAUAAUUUUAGAUCGUGAAUCAAAUUCGUUGUUAAUUUGUACGAGAAUUUUAUUUUUGCUUAUGUACAAGGGAUUCCAUUAAAAUUAAUGAAUAUCCUCUA